AUGAGCGGCAUUCACAGGUUUCUUACUAGGCGCGAGCGAAAUAGCAGAGAUGGAAAGAAGGACGAGUCUUCAAACAUUCUUUCUCGUCCCCUUUUCCGUGGCUUCUUUUCGUCGACCCAAGCGCCAGUAGAUGCAGACGAGCAACAGAAGAAGAUCAAGCUCCUUGAGCGUCGCAUUGCGCAGCUCGGUAUCACCAAUCUUAAAGAGGAACACUUCGGCUAUGCCCUACAAUCAUCACAUGCCCAAGGAGAUGUAGACAGAGCGUUUGACUUGCUGCUACUUCUUGAGGACUCUAUAGAAGGAAUCAUAAGGGGAUAUACGCCAAGUACGAAGCUCCUGGGAGCAGAGAACCGUCAAGGCGUCACCUGUUAUUUAGACGCACUUCUUUUUGCGAUGUUUGCUCGUUUAGAUUGCUUCGAGGCUAUUCUAUACAAAUCCUUCAAUGACGAGCCUCGUCGAAAACUUGUCAUACUUUUAAGGCUCUGGGUCAACAUGCUGCGGUCAGGAAAACUUAUAACAACGGAUAUUACCAAACACCUGCAGGAUGCACUAGCUGAAUGUGGCUGGGAAGAUGCUGCCAGGUUACGCCAGCAGGAUACGUCGGAAGCAUUCACGUUUAUUACAGGAACGCUGGAGUUGCCCCUCCUUACAUUAAAAAUGGACAUCUAUCAUACAGGAAAAGAAGAUGCGAGCGAUGACCACAAGUUUGUUAAUGAAAGGUUAUUAGAGGUUGCGAUACCGGAGCCUCAUGAUGGAAGCACUGUCACACUCGAAGAUUGUUUGGAGUCGUACUUCAACAAUCGAAUAGAAGUGAAACGACACCUUGAACGGCGUAACACUGUGGGAUCCACUAAAUCAGUAGACUCACUAUCGAAGGGCUCCACGACGCACGUCGAGACAGUGGAAAUUAGCCCAUCCCCUUCGACAUCCCCAACAGCCCUAUCACCUCCUCGACUGGAUGAAGUGACCCCAAUUACAUCAGUCACAGAAUCAAGUGGCUCAAACACACCUAAGCCCAGACGAAACAGCAUCGUCCAAGAACGCUUUAUUCCUGGCCCAGAAGGCGAUGGAAACGUGACAUCUCAACGGAGAGGUUCAUAUCGGAAAGAAGUCAUGAUGCCCGCAUGGCAGUUCUUUAGUUUGAUACCUUGGUAUACGGAUAAUACACCGACCAAUGAUGCACAGGUCGCAGCACAUUUUUCGUCAAAACGACCAUUACUCGGCAUGUGCCUAAAGCGUUAUUUUAUGUCACCAAACGGUAAAGCCACCCGACUUAAUACCUUCAUUGAUAUACCAACAGAGAUUGGACUACCCCAUUUUAUCCAAGAUGAUAAUUUGGAUGAAGAGGGUCCGAUAUACGGGAAUUUCAAGCUGUCCUUACAGGCAAUGAUUUGCCAUAGAGGCAACUCUGUUGACUCAGGACAUUACAUUGCUAUUGUCAGGGGCACCAGUGCUGGUGCUCCCCCGACUAGCUCUCAUAGCUCGGAGACAGCUUUUUCGGACACUCCCCAAUAUUGGAUGCGAUUCGAUGACCUGGCCGCGGAGCGUGUGACUUUAGUUGAUAUCGAACGAGCUCUGAAGCACGAGUCGCCGUAUCUUCUAUUUUACCAAAUCCUGCCGGUCAAUGAAGAUGCCGCGGCAGUCAACCUCCCAGACACGGCGCCUUCAUCUGAAAUGUCGGAUGAUGUUCAGGAAUUAGAUACUUCAGCAAUAGCCCAGAAGUUAAGCACCUCGGGCAGUGAUCUUCCUGAGAGUUGCCGUGCUGAGGGACUCCGCUCGAACAGGCCGAGCUUUGAGAUCACCGCUCCGGAUGAUACAGAAUUCCUAACACUGGAACCAAAUCACAGAAAACAUAGUGUGGCCUUCUCCGACGCAGUUGAGUCAAAUGCCUCUGGAGGGCUUCAGGUACGAACUGUUCCACCGACGUCACCGAGGCUUGCCCCGAAAGACGAUGAUAGAGGGAGGAACUCCUUUUCGUUCUCUCGGCAUACCUCAAGAAACCGGAGAAGCACGCCGGGCAGCCGUGCAGGAAGCCAAACGAGCGAAAGCAGAAUUAGUGCUACAUUUUCACGUUUUACUGGUAGACGCAGCAGGGAUAAAGUCAAUAGCGAUGGCUUCUCGACUGAGGACGAUGAGUUUGCCGUUGAGAAUAUGCCACCAGGCGAGGGGGCUAUGUCAACAAGCAGUGAAAGCAACGAGAAAAGCCCUACACGCGGAAAGGAAAGCACCAAGAAUAAAGGGAAGUCCAAGGAGAAGUCUAGGGAGAAGAUUGGGCGAAAGCUGGAGCGGGAGUGCUCAAUAAUGUGA